AUGCCUAAACCAACAGUUAUUUUCGUUCCUGGAGCCUGGCUUCCGAAAGCUUCUUACGGCUUAUUCCUCCAUGCCUUGGAGAAAGAAGGGUUUCCAGUUCAUUAUGCCUCGUAUCCAUCCUUUGACCCAACCGACAACUUGAACGCGAGCUGUGAGCGUGAUGCGAAAGUUAUCCGCGGCGAGGUUAUUCAGCCUCUUGUUGAGGGUGAAGGCCGGGAUGUUGUCUUAUUCAUGCAUUCCUAUGCUUCUAUGCCCGGAAGCGCUGCUGUCAGCGGGUUUUCAAAAACCGAGCGUGUCCGAAAGGGCCAGGCCGGCGGUGUUUUGGGGUUGAUAUGCAUAGGAGCAUUUCUAAUUCCUCAAGGACUCAGCUGUGCCGGUAUGCAAGGUGGAAAUCUGCCAGGCUGGAUUCUGCUUGAUCAGCCCGAGAAGGGAGUCAAUAUUGCAGACGACCCGGUAAAAACAUUUGCAGCUGAUGUAGACCCAGAUCUUGCAAACCAGAUGGCUGCACAGUUAAAGCCACAUUCCAAUUUGGCUUUUACAUCAGAGCAACCGCCUCCGGCCUGGGCUGAAGCGGAUUAUGACGGCCGCUGUGCUUACAUCGUGACUGGAGAUGACCAGGCUGUUCCCCAGGCUGCGCAGUAUGGCAUGAUAUCAGGUACCGGCAAAAACUGGAUUGUUAAAGAAUUCGCUGGAAGUAGCCAUAUGGCGCCUUUCUUGACGAAGAUUGAUCCAUGCAUUCAAUUUUUGCAAGAAAUUUUAGACUUGUUUCCGCAGGCAUGA